AUGCAUAGCAAUAUUAGUAUAUAUCACUACCAAAAUGACAGUUUUAGCCUCCACGGGCAUGACUAUGACCAUUGAAUAUAUUAUGACCAUUAAGCAGUUGACGAAAUUUAGAUAUUUAUUGCAAAAAAAACAAAUAACAAUAAUUUAGUUAUAAUUCGUUUUCUUAUUCUAGAAAUAUGGUCUAAUUCCAUUAAUUAGUCAGACAAAAUUAGGACAAUUGCUAUUAAUUAGAAAAACAAAUCACAACAAUUUUGUUUUCACACGCCUCGAUCUAUCUUACGUUAGCGUAAUCAAAAUCAAAAGUCUGAACAAAAAAAAAAAGAGAGAGAGAAAACCCAAUUCCUUGCAUCUCUUCCCAUUCAGAUUUAAUUCAACACCUCUCUGUUUUUCUUACCUCUCUGAAAACAAAUCAUUUUCACAGAGGUAAGAAGCAGACGAGUGUGUCUCUAACGACAAAACAGAAAAUACCAUUUCUUGAAAAAAAAAAAAAGAAAAAAAAAACCAGAUUUUCCCAAGAUUUCAGGUGAUCAUCAUAGAGAGCCUGUAGUUUGCAUAAGAAUUUUUUUAAUAGGGUUGAUUGUGAAAUUAUCAUAAGUCUUGGGGAUGUAAAUGGAGAUAAUGGAAAGUGGUGGGGGUUUGAUCAGAUGCAACGAUGAAAGGAUUUACGUGUCGGUUAGGUUGAGGCCGUUGAACCAUAACGAAAUUUCGAGCGGUGAUGUUUCAGAUUGGGAAUGCAUCAAUAACAACACUAUUGUUUACAAGAAUAUUAGUCUUGUUUCCUCGGAGAGGUCAACUUAUCCCAAUGCAUAUACAUUUGAUAGAAUAUUCGGGAGUGAAUGCUCGACGAGAGAGGUGUACGAGAAGGGAGCUAAGGAUGUUGCUAUUUCAGUUUGCUGUGGGAUUAAUGGUAAGCAUGAGUUUUUCUUUUUCUUUCAAGAUUUUUUUUUGAAUAUUUUUUUCGGGUUUUUGACUAUGAUGAGAUUUUUUGUGUAGCUACUAUUUUUGCGUACGGGCAAACAAGCAGCGGAAAGACGUAUACGAUGACUGGAAUUACUGAAUACGCGAUACAAGAUAUAUAUAACUAUAUACAGGAAGUGAGUUUAAAAUGCUAAUGUAUAUCAUCCAAUAUUAAAUUACUAUGCAGAUUUAAUAUUUUAAUAAAUAAAUUUUUUUUUUUCAGUAUCAAGAAAGAGAUUUUAUCUUGAAAUUUUCUGCUAUGGAGAUUUACAACGAAUCUGUUCGUGAUUUGCUCAAUGUAGAUAACACUUCACUAAGACUUCUAGAUGAUCCAGAGAGAGGAACCAUUGUAGAGAAACUCACCGAGGAAAUUUUAAAUGACCGGGAUCAUGUGACUCGUCUUCUUUCCGUUUGUGAAGCUCAAAGGCAGAUCGGAGAGACGUCAAUUAACGAAAGGAGCUCAAGAUCACACCAGAUUAUUCGGCUGACCGUUGAAAGCUCUUCCCGUGAGAUUUUAGCUGGGAACUCCGCGAGCACACUUUCAGCUAUCGUGAAUUUUGUUGAUCUAGCUGGAAGCGAACGAGCAUCCCAAUCAUUAUCAGCUGGUACGAGGUUAAAAGAAGGCAGCCACAUUAACCGCAGUUUACUCACACUCGGAACUGUUAUUCGCAAGCUGAGCAAGGAUCGAAACGGACACAUUCCUUAUAGAGAUUCAAAGCUAACUCGAAUCCUCCAAACAUCGCUUGGAGGAAAUACUAGGACAGCUGUCAUAUGCACGAUAAUCCCUUCGCACAGUCAUUCCGAGCAAUCGAGGAACACUCUUCUUUUCGCCAGCUGUGCAAAGGAAGUGACCACCAAUGCACAAGUUAAUGUUGUCUUGUCCGAAAAGGCGCUCGUAAAGCAUUUGCAGAAGGAGGUACAAAGACUAGAAAACGAGCUCAAAGGCCGCCCGCAUAAUUUCGCCCCGUCGAAUUAUUCCGCAUUACUGAGAGAGAAAGAUUCUCAGAUCGAAAAGCUCGAGAAAGAGAUUAAAGAACUAAUUCUGCAACGAGAUAUCGCUCGAUCGCAAGUUAAGGAGUUUGUACAAUUGCUUGGAGAUGAAGCAAGUUCCAUAACACAGGUAGGAGUGGGGCACUACCCACACUUACGAGUGCAGAACUCACCGGAUGAUUCAAUAUCAGACGUUGAUGCCGCAACUUGUUCCGAUGGACACAGUAGGAGUGAUUCAGGGGAUAAUAAUUUUGCAAAAGUACCGUUUUUCGACGACAACUUUGUCCAAAACUAUGCAUCUCCUAGAAUCUUACUAAGCAGCUCGAAUUCUUCUAGAAGCUUCUCGUAUAACGAUUGGGAAGAUAUUGAGAAACAAAGUAAUGAUGAUGGAUCGACUUCGAUAGUCAAAGUCCAUGCAAAUCUAUCCGACGAUCGAGAAUUUAUUUCGUCUCCUUUGAAGGAUGAUAACGAACUAAAGGGAGGUCAAGAAAAGAUUGUUUCGGCUUCAAUCAUGGGUGGUGAAGAAAGAGAUUUUAGUUCGAUUCGAUAUCUCGAUAUUGCAUUUCUUGAAAAACGAUCUUCGAAUUUCGCUAAGGAUCCUUUUGGCGCUAGAAGCUCGAACUUGAGUAGAAGUAAAAGCUGCAAAGCAAUGAUCAUUUUCGAUGCAGAACCAACCGCUGGAUCAGAAACAGCCGAGCUUUCAACUAAACAAGAAAUCACCAUAAAACCGGAAACCGAGAUUGUACCAAAGGUGAACGAGUCUUCUACGAAGGAAGGGAAAAAAGUUGGAUUGUAUCCUAUAGAAGACGAGCAUAAGGGACUUACGAGUUGGCCCGUCGAAUUCAAAAGACUGCAAAGAGAAAUAAUCGAACUGUGGCAUGCAUGCAAUGUCUCAUUGGUGCAUAGAACUUACUUCUUUUUGCUAUUUCAAGGAGAUCCGUCGGACGCUAUAUAUCUCGAAGUCGAACUAAGGAGGAUGAAGUUCUUAAAGGAUAAAUUCGCUCGAGGAGAUAAGACCGUUGUCAAUGGAAAACGUCUUACACUUUCGUCAAGUGCAAAGGCUCUUCGUCAGGAAAGACGAACGCUGAGCGAGCAGAUGAUGAAGAAGUUUUCGGAACAAGAAAGAGAAAUCCUCUUCAUCGAAUGGGGGAUUGGUCUCAACACCAAACUCAGAAGGCUACAGCUGGCUAACUUGGUCUGGUCCAAGACACAAGAUAUAAACCACGUUACAGACAGUGCAUUUCUUGUUGCAAAGCUCGUUGGUUUUAUCGAACCAGGGCAACAACCUAAUAAAGAAAUGCUAGGUGUAAAUUUCGCACCAAAGUCCUCUACAGGAAUUUAUAGCUUCAAACGUAGCCUUGUAUCUAUACUGUGAUGUUCUAGUAUAUAUAGAUCCGUAUAUACUCUCUUCUUCUU